AUCAGUCUGUCUACUCGUGUCUGGAGCCUCCGGAGAACCAGCGGACCCUCCACGGUGCAUCACUUUUAACUUCAAUCAACCGGAUUUCCAUUCACGAUUCCUGUCACAUUUUCCACCUUUUCCCGUCCCUCCGCGCGGAUCUUACGUUUCCGGAGGAUUAAUUUUCACCGCCGUAAACCGGAGUACUGAUCCGGACUGCUGCUUGCUCGUGAUUUAUGUUUGGUAAAGGCCACAAACGGAAGCUGGACGAGGAUGAAGCGGGUGUGGAAGGCAAAGCGCUGGAGGUGGGCGUGUCGUGUCCGGAGGGUCUGUCCAAAGUGUCGUACACGCUGCAGCGCCAGACCAUCUUCAACAUCUCCCUCAUGAAGCUCUACACGCAGCGUCCGGGCGAACCCAGCCUCCAGCGCCGCGUCCUCAUCAACAACAUGCUGCGGCGAAUCCAGGACGAACUCAAGCAGGACGGGACCCUGAGACCGCUGCUCCUGCCGCCGUCCCCGCCGCCCGACGACCCGCUCGACGAGGGCUACCGGCAAGCCCCGCCCACGUUCGGGGUCCUGGCCCAGCCGCAGCCGUCCGCUUUGCUCAUGGGCCCGCCGCCUCCGUCGCCGCACCCGAUGGGGUCGCCCGCGUCGCCGCCCUGCCCGCCCCCUUCGCUGCCUUCGCCUUCGCCGCCGCCGCCGCCUCAGGACUGCCCUCUGGAGGCCUGCCUGACCCCGGCGUCACUGCUCGAGGACGAUAACAUGGAGAGCAUGGAGAACGCCACGUUUAGCAUCGCGACUCCGCCCACUCCCCCCGUUUCGCCGCGGCCCGCCAGGUUCCCGUCGAUGGAGCUGGACAUCGCAACUUCACGGACAAUAUCAGCAAAUGGUAACGCGCUAACCGUUUCUACCUCCCAGCUGGCCAGAGAACAUCGCGCGAAACCGGAACCGGCUGGCGUCUUGCAGGCAGAACUUCGGUUACUGGACCCCUUACCUACGCUGCCGUCCGGUGGCAUCUCGCCGGACCCGCCCUCGUCGUCCCCGUCGGGUUUCCUUUCCGAUUUAGCUUUAGACGACGUCCUUUUCGCCGACAUCGACACGUCCAUGUACGAUUUCGACCCCUGCACGACGACUGCGACGACGACGACGACGGCGUCAUCCACGGGGACGACGGCCAUAGCAACGGCGGUGGGCGGGAUUUCCAAAAUGGCGCCCGUGGUCACUGCGGACGACCUCAUCAAGUCGCUGGCGUCGCCGUACAGUGGCCCCGCCCCCCAAGUUUCGUCCAAUCAGCCUUUCAAAAUAGAUUUAACAGAACUUGAUCACAUUAUGGAAGUAUUGGUCGGGUCCUGAUUUAUUUUUAAACAUCCAGGAAAAAGACUGGGGGGGGAUUUUUGGAGUUUUAAAUGUUUUUUUGUUUGUUUUGGAUUCUGUUUUUAUUUUUAUGAUAAAUGAACUGUUAAUGUCGGAAAAUUGUAAGCAUCAAUAUUGAGAUGUCAGUUUGAACUACUCCAUGCACUGUGCUGGCCUUUUCUGAAGAAACUGGGACGCAACUCAACACAAAACAUUCACUUUGCUUGUAUUUCUAAUUUCAUAAAACUCACAUGAAUCCAUUUUGUGUAAUACAGGACCUUUAAGAAUUUUAACUCUUUAUUUAUGUUUUUAAAUUCCCAUAAUUGUAAUCCAAUUUUACAGAUUUCUUAAACAAAAUUAUGGGUCCAAUCGCAGUCCGUACUCAUUAAAUAUAUCGUUAUGGGCUGUAAAAAUAGUUUAUUAAAUGUUAUAAAAGCAGCUAUGCACAAAAUGGAAUCCUUAGUGUAUGUUUUUCCCAAUUUUUACACAUUUUUUUACAAUUUUGAAGACCGAAUGUAUGCAAGAAACAUAUCCAAAUGUUGUAAUUUUCAAACUACAAAUAGUCUAAUAAUGUCCUAGAUUAUGCAAAUUCUACACUUUAUUUUGCCGCUUUAAGUUGUUUUCUCGUCAAAAACGUACAGUAUCACAGUCCUAAAUAUUCAGUUUUUUCAUCAGAGUUGAAAACACUGCUCCACCUCGUGAUGUCAUCUGGUGGUAUUUCAAGUUUUCCUCUGAAAUCAUGGCUGAAGAAUGUUUACCUGUUGUCAUACAAGAUUUUUAAGACGGAAAAACAAAUUAUAAGGUGUCCCAAAUAUUCAUUUUUUCGACUUUUAGCCUGUUUCUAAUUCUUCACUCGCCUCAAACUAAGACUUUAAAUUGUUGUUAACUUAAAACUGAGACACACUACAGGAAAAUUUGUCGGAUUUAGACUGUGAUUUGUUUCUCCUCGAGUUCUGAGACGGUGUCAGUGUCAGAUCGUAACCACCAAACAUCAGCAACACCAUGAAAACCGCCAAUAAAACAGAGUGACGGACACAAAAAGCCAAGAUAUAAACUCAGGAAAUAGCAAAAAUAUUAAUUACUCAGCUCUCGUAAAGUUGUAAUUUUAAAGUGCAGCAUCUCGUCCACAUUAUCCAUAGAAUUUGUCGUCCGCAAAUAAUGACCCCAGUCCAUAAAACAUCCAGUUUGGAGUGUUCUUUAAAAGUAAAAAGGUGGGAGUAGUUCCUCACGUGUGUUUGUUUACACAGCGCACGGAUCGAGGUGAAACUGCUGAUUAUUGAUAGUGACUUUACUUCCUCUGGACUUUAUCUCCUAUCUUCUAUGCUUUAAAAAUCACAUAUCUGAAGUUUUGCACCAUAUUUUCAAAUAAUAACACAGUUUUGACUUGGACCUAAACACUUAAUCAUCUAAAAGUGACUAGUUUUACUCUAAAUUCCGCUCACAACCUUGCAUCCUGUGGUCUGCAGACAAAUCCUGCUACAGUCUUUGUGAUCUGAGAUUUUAAAUCUCUCAAGAUUCUCAUUGCGUCUGUGGUGUGCGCUGUUUGUCGCACAUUUAAAAAUCGUUUAAGACUGAAGAAGCCUGUAGUGUGUGGUGGAGUUUUAAUACUGAAAAUGUUUUGUUCAAAAUUGUUUCAAAUUUGAGGUUGGAAAUCAUAAAAUUGUGAAACAAGUGUGUAAA